AAUAACCGUAGCUAAAAUAACCGCGGACAAAAUAGCCUUAGAUAAAAUAAGCAUGUAUAAAAUAUCCGCUACAUUUCAUUCGAUGUGUGUGUGGGAUUUUUAUACAUGAUUAUUUUAUCCGCGGUUAUUUUGUCCGAGGAGGAAAGUUCGUCGUGACCGCGUCGUGAUACGAUAUAGAAUAGUGCAGAAAAAAACCUAGUAAAAGCGCGCGCUUUUGUCGAAACCGUCGAAACGAACGUGAGCACACAAUUUCAGUUGUGAAAGGGUGCGUUCGAUUUGAGCGGUUACAGUACACGAUGAUUCCAGUGGUGCUAAGGGACGUUUGGGUCGUUAAAGUGAACAACGCACUAUGCACACUGGCUGGAUGAGCUAACGCUUUCACAAAUCACAAAACUGAAAUCGUGUCAUGUACUCAUAUGCACGUACAUUUUGCCAAAAAGUGCGUCAAUGUACCAGAAUGUACUACUUGUCCUGAGAUUACACCGAGCCCACCGAGUCUCUUGAUAUAUACUAACAAAAACGCUGCGCAAAUUUUCUCAAUUUGUACCGUUCAUAUGAAUGAAUAAUGUAAUAAUAAUAAUAAUAAUGGGUUCGUCGAGAUUUGACAUUUGCGCUGCAAACGCUACCAUUAUUGCCACUUAAUAGUAUUAUUAUGUAUUUUGCAUUUUAAUUAAACUAUAAAUAAUCGCGACUCCCUGAGAUAUAAAAUAUAUUGAGUGAAGAUGGCGUGGUGUAGCGGGAACAAGGCGUAAUUCAAUAUGAUUCGCGUCUUUCUGUCUGUUCUAUCGUCAUACGCAGCAGUUUACAAUGUGUCAAUACGUUGAUCAACAAUAAUUCAUAGUUUUUAACAUUUGACACCGAUGAUAAUACUCUUAUUACAAUAAUCGUGAAAAAAUUGGUGCAGCAGGUCAAGAAUGAAUUUACCACGUAUAUUGAUAAUCAGCACGUCGAGUGUCGAUCAUGCGGAAAACAUUGCGACAGAGUUGGGGUCGGAACGAAUCGCGGACAGUGAUAAUUUGCAUUAUUACUCAUGGACGAUCGAUAAUAAAUAUUAUUCGGUUAGAGUACUCCUCUUUGUCACGGAUGCUUUGACUUUGGAUACUUCUCUCGACGAUGUGGAAGCUAUAAUAAUCCAUCACGACUCAAAGGCUGAAAACCCAACAAGGACUUUGGAUGAUUAUCUUCCACUGGUUAAUUCUCUCUCCAAUGCUGACAUCUUUUUACUUGCUUGUCAGUCCUUCGACAACUCAGAAACCAAGGAUAAGGUGAGCGAAUGGUCUAGAACGCACAAUUUUGAAAUGGUAGAGUUGGAACGUGCCAAUACAUUUGAUAUAACGGAUGAAGAAAUAGAGAAUAAUGUAUGCGGGAUGGAUAGAAUCAUCGAAGCCUUGCACACCCAUUUAUGGCCAAACAGAAUUCUCAAAGGCAACUUGACAAACUCAAGCAUUGAAUCGUCACCUGACAUUAAUAACGUGGAGGAUCAAUUGGGAAGCAUGCGAUUGAAUUCCGGAGCGCAAAGAAAUUCGGAGCAAUCGUUGAUGGAAAGCAUGCUUGAUGGUAUGAUGGGAGAAGAAAAUGCCGAUUUUGGCGAACUAUUUGGUCGUCUUAUGGAUAUGAAGGAGCACGCUGCAUCAUUAUCGACGAAUAAUCGACGAGCUGCGGCGGAGCAAUUGGUAACGGUAUUUUGGAAAGCGAUGGGCGGCGAUCCUUCGGAAGUUGAAAAUCUGGAUGAUUAAUGAACGCAUCACGAUU